AGCUGCCGUGACAACUUGUACUAGUACUACCGGUAGUACGUACAGCACAUUGAGCACAGUUCACCCGACCUUCUUUCUCGGUUCCGCCCGGGGAGACAUAGCACGCGUUACCCAGGCCCACACAGACGCGAGUGAAGCGACUGUGCCCCAUCGCACUACCGUAUCAUCACCAGCCUCCACCAUCACCAGCCUCCACCACCAAAGCCAAAACUCCGUCGCAUCACAGAGGCCAGGAGAAAAAAACAAAAAACGGUGAGUCGAACCCAGACCAGCUUCCAAAAAGAGAGAAAGCCAAAAAAGCCCUCAAAAAAGGAACAGAUGGGGAAGUGGAACAGGACAUAUCAUGCAGAGCCGCAUGCCAUCUUUCUGGGGGGUUGGGUAUCGUACUCGCUCGUACAUGGUUAUUUCG